AUGAUUAAUGAUUUGAUAGAACUACUGUGUAUGUCUGGGGAUACCUGCGUCGGGUUGAAUUCCAGUCGAUACUGUUCUGCAAGUUGGCGGAGAGGUCCUGGGUACUGCGCUAAGAACAAUCGACUGAUCCCUGAUUGUUUUCGGUGUCAUUCAUUCACUCACUUAUUGAUGAUGAUGUUAGUCGAAUCGGGUUGGCCCUACGACUUCCCAGAAUCUCGCACGAGUUCCACGAAUUUCGCUGAUGUUGAAGCUGUGAGGGGGAUCCGAUUUCUCUACCGUGUAGCUGCUCGUUGUUGGGAGGAAGCUUCCGCCGCUCGCGCUUCCUUCUGUUAUGCUCUUCCCUCCUUCUCGGCUUCAGCAGUCCUCCAAUGUGGCAGAUCUUGCCACUAGCUCCGCUGCAGUGCUGUCUCUUCGCGUUUCUCUCGGUCGUCCUUGUCUCCGUGGCCUACUCUAGUUGGCUCCUCUGCAUGCGUCGCCUUUCGCAUUCUUCUCACCCAUCGCGCCUCCGGAUAUCUUAUCACGUGGCGCGUGCGCCAAGUAUCUCAGCCUCAUGGACUUCAAUCGUGUCGGAGGUCGUUUCUGGUUCAGUGUCGCCAGGAUCUCCUCUGUUGUUUCCCUGUCCUUCUUCGUGAUCUCUAAGCACAGCCGAAGCUUCUUGCUUCAGUGUGAAAGAAUGCGCCCAGCCUCUCCUCCGGCUUCUGCGUUGGCGUCCGUCGCGUCCAUGUCUCGGCCCCCCAAGCGGCUACUGGGUAUACUAACGGGCUGAGUGCUUCGGCCUUCAGCUUUGGCCGGAUCUUGUUGCUGCGUAGUUGUAGUAUGAUGUUGCUGCGCUCUCCUGCUUUCCUUUGUGCCUUCUUUAUCUUUUCAUUCGUUCACGAUUCAAGUUCUUCUUUUUUAUGUUUUGUUGACGUCUUUGGUAGAGGUUUGCGCAGGGUCUGCGUAUAUCCAAUCACGCCGGAGUGAUUGAUUAGACUAAGUACAAUGUUGUAAUCUCCCUAUUCAACAUACAUUUGUCAUUGUCUUACAUACUUAUUACCGGAAGAACCUUCGUCGAGUGAGGUUCACUGGACAC